AUGGCUGCUCAAAUUCCCAACGGUACUCGCCAAAUCUCAUUUUCUUCCUACUUAGUCACCCCCAAGGAACUGAACGAAGCUUUGAAGAAGAACCCGCCCACCAAGAUUUCCACCUCACCGCGAGUUAUCCCUCUAUGUGCUGCCUGGUUUAUGCCAAAUGAUCCAGAAGGACGUACGGGCAUUGAAUCAUUCCGUCAGUCUCGUAUUCCCCAGGCUCGCUUUUUCGAUAUCGAUGCGGUCAAAGAUAAUGAUUCACCCUACCCUCACAUGCUGCCGACCUGUGAGACAUUCGCCGAAGCAAUGAGUGAACUGGGUAUCCGUCGCGACGAUGAAGUGGUUGUUUACGAUACUGCAGAGCUGGGAAUUUUCAGUGCCCCUCGUGUGGGCUGGACCCUGCGUGUCUUCGGCCAUCCGAAUGUGCACCUACUUAACAAUUAUCGAUUGUGGAAUCGCGAGGGGCUACCAACUGAAAGUGGUGAUUUUGCCCCGGUCGAAAAAAGCAAGUAUCCUGUUCCGACAUAUGACUCCAAGCUGGUGAUCUCCUUCCGUGAGAUGAAGGAAUUGGCAUUGGAUUAUGGCAAGGAAGGCGCUGAAGAAGUUGAGAUUCUGGAUGCUCGCUCAUAUGGUCGUUGGGCUGGUACUGAUCCCGAGCCGCGCCCGGGCCUGUCAUCUGGCCACAUUCCUGGUUCUAAGAGCAUGUCGUUCCAGGAAUUAUUGGACCCGGAGACCAAGACAUAUCGCUCGCCUGAGGAACUGCGCAAGAUUUUUGAAGAGCGCCAAGUGGAUCCCACACGCUCAAUUAUCAGCUCAUGUGGAACUGGAGUUACUGCUACUAUUAUCGAGACUGCGCUGGCUGAAGCCAAAUAUGGUGAGCCCAACCUGCGCCGAGUCUACGAUGGUAGCUGGACCGAAUGGGCUCAACGAGUGAAGGAGUCAGAUGGUCUCAUCAAGAAGGUGAAGCAGUAA